AUGGCAACUGUUAUGAAAAGAUAUGUUCUAAAGUUGUUUAUAUCUUUGAAGUACAUCACAGCAAAUGUAGUAGAUAGGAACAAUGGGAAGAUUGUUGCCACAAGUUCUACAGUUGAGCAUGCUCUCAAAAACAUGUUUGAGUGCGGUCGGUCGUGCAAUGCAAAGGCAGCAACCAUUGUGGGAGAAGUAUUGGCAAGGCGUUUGAAGGUUGAAGGUCUCGAUGAUGGACAAGGAAGAGGGAUCCAUAUUAAUAUAAAUAAGGAGGUGGAGAAAAAAGGCUUUAAAAAUCGCACCAAGGUGUGGGCUGUUGUGAAUGCACUAAAGGACAGUGGCGUUAAGCUCGUACUUGAAGACAGAUAUGAUGAUGUUUGACCAUAUUGUUAAUACUACCCACCUUUUGUAUGUGGGUUGGAAAGGAUAAUGAUAUUUAUCCAUAUGUGUCCUGUAUGCUCAGAAAUCUACAGAAGUAUAAUAUUACCACUAUACAACUUGCC